UUUCGAUCCCGGCGGUGCGUUCUUGCCAAUUGUCCGUUCCAUCUCAGCUGCCCUUGUCUUCAUCGAUCAGAAGACGGAGUAUUCUAGUGAUCUCAGCCACAUAUUUGUCGUUAUCCUGCGGAAAUCCUCAACAUGGCCCUUCGCGUACUGACCCGUGCCUCCGGCAACCAGCAGCAACAACAGCUCAAGAUGCUAACCGAUAUGUUGAUCCGCUCGUUCAGCAGCGGAUCAAAGAACGUCGGUUUCAUCGGUCUUGGCAACAUGGGCACCCCGAUGGCGAGCAACCUGAUGGCCAAGGGCCACAAGCUGCAUGUUUUCGAUAUCUCGAAGGAAGCGAAGGAUUCACUGCAGGCGAAAGGUGCCGUCUCGUACGACAACGUGGCUGACCUGGCCAAGGCGUCCGAUUUCGUCGUGACGAUGCUGCCGAACAACGACAUUGUGGCCGACACGUACGACACCAUUAUCGGCGGAGGUGGCAUCAAGAAGCAGACGAUCUUCAUCGAUUCCAGCACGAUCGAUCCGAAUGUGGCGAAGGCAGUACAGAAGAAAGUGCAAGCAGCUGGCGCCACGUUUGUCGAUGCCCCAGUGUCGGGUGGUGUCCCCGGAGCGAAGAACGCCACACUGACGUUCAUGGUCGGAGGCACGACCGAAGAGUACCAGGCGGUGAAGGAACUGCUGGAGGGCAUGGGCAAGAAAAUUACGCACUGCGGCGGGUACGGUAUGGGCCAGGCGGCCAAAGUAUGCAAUAACAUGAUGCUGGGCAUCUCGAUGUGUGGCCUGGCUGAGUGUAUGAAUCUAGCCAUACGCCUUGGACUCGAUGCGAAGGUAUUUGCGGACAUCGUGAACGCGUCGACAGGCCGUAGCUGGGCGUCGGAAGUGAACAAUCCGGUGCCUGGCAUCAUCCCGACUGCACCAGCUGCUAACGGGUACGCUGGUGGUUUUGCUACUGGGCUAAUCACGAAGGAUCUCGGCAUUGCAUCGGCCGUUGCUACCAGUUCAAACUCCCCGAUUCCGAUGGGCGCGCUGACGCAUCAGAUUUAUCGUACGCUGAUGGCAAAGGGAUUGGCCAACAAGGACUUUUCGGUGGUAUAUGAUUUCCUCAAGAACACUGAGGGCAAGUGAGCGACGAAUGCCAUGGUAACCGGCCAGCGGCUUUGCUCGCAAAAUGUAACAGCCAUCAACGCACACGAGUCUUCCAGAGCAUGCAUUUAUGAACGUCAAUAAACGGACGUUUAGAUUUUAA